UAUAACAACAAGGGUGACAUUUGCCCUGCGUUAGCUGAGUGGACACAGGGCAGAGAAGGGUGGGACAGUGGACACUUGUUGUCUUGCAAGAGUUGGAUCAGAAGGAGGGGUUAGUUUUGGAACCUUUGCUCAAGAUGGAACGUCUCGCUGAGAUUUACUAAUUGAGGUGUGGUGUUAUCAACAUGGUGGCAGGGAAGGCAAAAGAACAGAAAAUGAAGUUUACCAUUGAUGCCUUACUGGAAGCUAAGAGGGAUGAUAAGGGUAAAUGUUUGUGUAUAUCAGACUCUACAAGCAACAAAUCUAACAACGGAGAUCGUUUUGCAAACAAAGAUGACAUUUUUAUCAAAGAUGAACUUAACGUUAAUGAACGUUUAACCUCCGUGUACCUUAAACUGGCGACCACUCGACCAGCACUUGCUAUUCCAAGACCCAUGUACCCCAUGAGAGAUGAUAUACCCUAUUCAGGACCAUAUCUACGGGAACAUGGGUCUCAUUUUGGACCGGAAAUGCAUGGCGACGGUGUGUAUGAAGGCAGAUGUUGCCAUGGUGAUAUGCUGAGAUUCACAGGAGCUGCUCAAUGGCCAUCUCUCCUCACAUCUACUGGUAUGCUAUGUCACGAGGAUGCAGGGCACCGAUACCCGGAUGCCAUGCUAGGAGUAUCAACUGAUGACGUCACAUCCGGUACAAGGUUGACUGGACUCUGGGACAUUCAGUCUCAGAUCAUGAACAACAUGGUUGGUGUAACUGAUGCAUCUCCUGCCAUUUUCUUCCCUUCCUGGAGGAAACCAAAAAGGAACAGGACGGCCUUCACCCCUUCCCAACUCCUGAAGCUGGAGCGGGCGUUUGGCAGCAACCACUACGCAGUUGGGCAGGACAGACGUGAUCUCGCCAACAACCUUGACCUGACAGAAACACAGGUGAAAGUAUGGUUCCAGAACAGGCGGACGAAACACAAGCGUCUGACGGGGGACGACAUCCCAGGGAGGGGGAUGCCCUAACAUAUGGCGUCUUCAUGCCAGGCAUAUCAUCACAGAGCACAGGUACUCCGUCAUACUCAGGGAUUGUGAAGAAAACUUGUACAGAUGGGCCAGGCCAUGAACCAUGUGUCGUAUAUGUAUAGAAGAACACAAGACACGGGACGGAGGCAAACAAGAGACGCGUACAUGCAUGG